AUGGCUGAGCUUUUUGGAAAGUUGAGAGGGCACAAGCUCGAGUUGAAUAGACUAAGGGCUGAGGAAGCCCAAGGAAAGAACAAAACAUUGGCCUUCAAAUCUGAACAUUCAAAAAGUAAGAGUUCAGAAAAGGAUGAGGAAUCUGAAGAUGGAGACUCAGACGAUGAAGAUAUGAUUCACAUGUGUUAUGGUUGCGGAGAAAAAGGGCACGUUAAUGCGGAUUGUCCAAACCUUAAAAGGGGUGAAGAAAAGAAGUCUUUCAAGAAGAAGACUGCUUACGCUGCUUGGGAAGAAAAUGACUCAAGCUCAACUAGUUCAAGUGUUUCCAAUGAAGAAGCCAACUUGUGUUUGACGCUAAAUAUUGAUGACUCUACAAGCCAAGUUACUGCAAUAACUAAGUCCCAGGACUUAACCUCCAUUCCUAUGGCUGAGCUUUUUGGAAAGUUGAGAGGGCACAAGCUCGAGUUGAAUAGACUAAGGGCUGAGGAAGCCCAAGGAAAGAACAAAACAUUGGCCUUCAAAUCUGAACAUUCAAAAAGUAAGAGUUCAGAAAAGGAUGAGGAAUCUGAAGAUGGAGACUCAGACGAUGAAGAUAUGAUUCACAUGUGUUAUGGUUGCGGAGAAAAAGGGCACGUUAAUGCGGAUUGUCCAAACCUUAAAAGGGGUGAAGAAAAGAAGUCUUUCAAGAAGAAGACUGCUUACGCUGCUUGGGAAGAAAAUGACUCAAGCUCAACUAGUUCAAGUGUUUCCAAUGAAGAAGCCAACUUGUGUUUGACGCUAAAUAUUGAUGACUCUACAAGCCAAGUUACUGCAAUAACUAAGUCCCAGGACUUAACCUCCAUUCCUAUGGCUGAGCUUUUUGGAAAGUUGAGAGGGCACAAGCUCGAGUUGAAUAGACUAAGGGCUGAGGAAGCCCAAGGAAAGAACAAAACAUUGGCCUUCAAAUCUGAACAUUCAAAAAGUAAGAGUUCAGAAAAGGAUGAGGAAUCUGAAGAUGGAGACUCAGACGAUGAAGAUAUGAUUCACAUGUGUUAUGGUUGCGGAGAAAAAGGGCACGUUAAUGCGGAUUGUCCAAACCUUAAAAGGGGUGAAGAAAAGAAGUCUUUCAAGAAGAAGACUGCUUACGCUGCUUGGGAAGAAAAUGACUCAAGCUCAACUAGUUCAAGUGUUUCCAAUGAAGAAGCCAACUUGUGUUUGACGCUAAAUAUUGAUGACUCUACAAGCCAAGUUACUGCAAUAACUAAGUCCCAGGACUUAACCUCCAUUCCUAUGGCUGAGCUUUUUGGAAAGUUGAGAGGGCACAAGCUCGAGUUGAAUAGACUAAGGGCUGAGGAAGCCCAAGGAAAGAACAAAACAUUGGCCUUCAAAUCUGAACAUUCAAAAAGUAAGAGUUCAGAAAAGGAUGAGGAAUCUGAAGAUGGAGACUCAGACGAUGAAGAUAUGAUUCACAUGUGUUAUGGUUGCGGAGAAAAAGGGCACGUUAAUGCGGAUUGUCCAAACCUUAAAAGGGGUGAAGAAAAGAAGUCUUUCAAGAAGAAGACUGCUUACGCUGCUUGGGAAGAAAAUGACUCAAGCUCAACUAGUUCAAGUGUUUCCAAUGAAGAAGCCAACUUGUGUUUGACGCUAAAUAUUGAUGACUCUACAAGCCAAGUGACGCUGAGGGAUACUGUUUUGCCCUUAGUGAUGAUAGGAAGAGUGUUAGGAAGUUGUUUGUGGGUUACUAAUGCUUAA